CGGCGCUGUCCCUGACCGAGCUGCGGAGUGAAGUGGGUCGCGGCUGUGUUGAGGGUUCAGAGAUGGGCAGCGAGAAGGAGCAGAGUCCCGAAGCACACCUGCCCGAGGAAGGGGAAGGGGCCGAGCCGUGGAGAGUGGAUGGCUCAAAGGAUUCUCAGAUCACACCUCGGGAGGAACAUGGGCAGGAGAGCCUGAUGGGGGUGCUCCACGGAACGCAAACACCAAAGCCAUGGCGGAAAGUCACUGCCCAGGUCGGAGGCCCCGGGGAUCCCAUGCCCUUUUCAAGCCCAGAGACGGACGAGAAGCCUUUUAUCUGUGCUCAGUGUGGCAAAACUUUCAACAAUACCUCCAACCUGAGAACACACCAGCGGAUCCACACUGGCGAGAAGCCAUACAAGUGUUCAGAGUGUGGCAAGAGCUUCUCCCGGAGCUCCAACCGCAUCCGGCACGAGCGCAUCCACCUGGAAGAGAAACACUACCAAUGCGCCAAGUGCCAGGAGAGCUUCCGGCGGCGCUCCGACCUCACCACGCACCAGCAAGAUCACCUGGGCCAGCGGCCGUACCGCUGUGACAUUUGUGGCAAGAGCUUCAGUCAGAGCUCCACGCUGGCUGUACAUCACCGAACCCACCUGGAGCCAGCCCCUUACAUCUGCUGUGAGUGUGGGAAGAGCUUUAGCAACAGCUCCAGCUUUGGGGUGCACCACCGUACUCACACGGGUGAGAGGCCUUACGAGUGCACGGAAUGCGGGCGGACUUUCAGUGAUAUCUCCAACUUUGGUGCACACCAGAGAACGCACAGAGGGGAGAAGCCGUACAGGUGCACCCUGUGCGGGAAACACUUCUCCCGGAGCUCCAACCUCAUCCGACACCAGAGAACACACUUGGGCGAGCAGGAGGAGGAUUUUAGCUAAAGGGGAGCCCCGCUUGGAGAGGGAGGGAGAACAUAGAGCCCACCUUGAUGGGUGGAGGAGGCCUUUAGCACCUGCUGUGGCCUCCAGGACCACAGACGCUUCACUUUGAGGAACAGCUCCUUCUUGCCUUUGCAGUCGGGAAAUCCUGAGAAGGGAUUGUGUAAAAACCCUGCCUCUUCCCAGCUGGGUUUUUUUUUUUUUUUUUUUUUUGCCUUGGAAAAUCAGAGUACCCACUCUUCAUUUCCUCGGGGGCGGGGGAAAUGGGGUGGGCUCAGGACAUGCUCUUGUGACUGGGCCAUCAGUCCCCAGGCUUUGGGGGUAGUGCCUGAGACGGUAUUGUCUGCAGGUCCUCCAAAGUUGUCUAGCUUCACACACACACACACACACACACACACACACACACACACAUACACGGCAGUGGCCUGUGAAUUCCUCCCUGCUGUGCCUCAUCCCGCAUCAGCCUCUAGAGCCUUAGGCUGGGGGGCAUGGCCCUCCUGCUGACAGACCUCUUCAGUCUCAGGAAGCCUCAGGGAUCCACAAUCCAGGGACCUCACCCUCCCAUGCUUGUUACCUGGUUUUCUCACCCGGACCUGUGUCUGACUCCUCAGUGAUUACCAGUAAAACACUU